CCUCUAUUGGGCUCAGACGCACCUGUGCGCGCACGCUCCGAAACGAAUCGCUUCGAGUCGACGAGCAGGGUGCCGCAAGGAAUUCAAUGCCGAGGGCGCCCAAGACGGCAACCCAGAGCAAGCGGCCGCGGGGUGAGGAGAAGCAAAAGGACGCGAUGAAAGAGGCGAAAGGCCAGCGAAAGGCGAACGGGCAGGCUUUGCCCCUGAUCGGAGAGCUGGCGGGCGCCUGCGGCGCCUGGGCGGCGAAUCCGAGUGGGGCACUACCCUUGGAGCAGAUCCGCGAGUUGUCCCACAAGGCCUGGGAGGCCAAGAUGGGCUCUUGGAGCAGCUCGACCGCGCCCGUGAAGGAUUUGGACAUGGGUCCGCUCGAGGACGCCCUGCCCGCGGUCUUCAAGGCCCUGGAAAGGACCUGCCUCGCCUCCGAGUCUGGCUCCCUUCGGGCGCAGAAUGGCCUGGCGGGGCUGGCGCUGGCCGCUCUAGUGCUGGACCUGUCGGCGAUGAGGACCGCCCCGGAAGUUCAGCCUGGUGAAGAGGCCGUGGCCAAAGCCAUGUCCUUCCUGUGGCACCAGGCGCGCUUCUUCCUGCCGGGGCGAUUGGAGGCGAAGGCCUUCUCGGAUGCCUCCACCCUGGCCCUCGCGCUGGCACGCGGCCUGCGAUCUGUGCACCACGUCAUGGCGCGGCGGAGCUACGCGGGGCACGCGCUGCCGGCGGCCAGCUUGGUCCACAAGAGCGCGCCGCUGGCGGGCCAGUGUGCGGCUCUGGCCGCCGGCGGGGCCUCCACCCAGGCGGCCAAAGCUUUGGCAACGCUGGGAGAUGCUGCUGGCGACUUGCUGGUGGCGCUGAGCGGCUGUGGCUGCACGGAGGCGUCGAUGCAGAGCUCCGCGGUGUCGGAGAUGAGCCGGCUCUGCACGCAGGGUCCCAUGUACCGGGGCUGCUCCAGCGGCUCCCUGCUGGCGCUGCUGCUGCGGAGCGUGGCGGCGCAGCUGCUGCCGCUGAAGAUCCACAGCAAAGCGCCCAAGGAGCUGCAGAUCCUCUGCCGGGACCACCUGGCGCGCUCGGAGGCGCGGGCGAGCGCCCUGUGCGCGGCGCUGGUGCAGCACGGCCUGCUGGAGGCGGAGAGGAAGGACCAGGUGCAGCUGCUGGUGCAGCAGCUCGUCGCACUGUGCCAGGACCCGCGGUGGGCCGCCGCGCCGCUGCUGUGCCGCAGGCUGGCGCUGGCGCUCUUCCGGGUGGCCGGGGCGUCUCGGGCCGUGGAGCUGGACUGCGCUCAGCGCGAAGAGGCCACCAAGCUCUUGGCCUCCGUGGCAGGGGCGCUCUGUGCGCAGCGCGCCGGGAGCUCGGAGCCGGUGGACGUGGCGCCGCUGAAGCGGUGGGCGGGAGAAGGCGGCCAGCUGGGCGCUUUGACCCGGUUCCUGGCCUCCGACUCGGCGGCCUCCUCGGCCUCCGCGCUGCGCGCGCCGGCGGGGGAGCUGCAGAGCUCCGCCGUCCCGGCCGGCAGCGGCUGGUGCAACGCCGCGGCCCUGCUCUGCUUCGCCGCCGAGCCCAGGGAGAAAGCCGCCAAGGGCAAGGAGAAAGCAGCCAAGCCCCGCGAUGCAACUGCGUGGGCCUUGCAGGCUUGGGCGGAGUUCGGGCACCUCCCAGCCCCAGGCGAUGCCUCGGAUGCAUCGGAGCCGCCCAUUCGCGCCACCCGCUGUGCGGCGAGUUUGUACCGCAAGCUGCAGUGGGGCGAUGCAUCGAGCCUCCUCUCACGCACCCGCACCGGGGCUUUGGAGUCCUUGCUGUCCUUGGCCAAGAGCAGCCCCCUGGCGCAUGUGCGGCGCCAGGCGCUGCUGGGCCUGGGUGCGGCCUGCGCCACGGAGGCGGAGCUGAUUUGCUCCCGCUGCAUGGCGGAGGCUGUUGCAGCAGGCCUGCAGGACGAGGCGGCCUUUGCGCGGCUGGCGGCGCUGGAGCUGGUGGCGCAGCUGAAGCCCCAAGGCGCAGACGGUUCCGCACGGGUGAAGGAGUUGCGGCAGCUGGCGCGACAGCGGCUCGCGGACUGCUCGGUGCUGGUGCGGAGGGGCGCCUUCCGGGCCGCGCUGGGGUGGCUGGAGGAGCUGGAAAUGCCCGGGCAGCUGGCGGAGGCCGGGGAGCUCCUGCGGCGCCUGCGCACGGAGACUCCGCAGAUCCGAGCCCAGGCCCUGCCGGUGCUCCAGCGCCUCCUCUUUGACGACGACGCUGAGGUCUCCGUGGCGCGUCUCCGCGCGGUGCACGUGCAGAGCGGGGCGGGAUGCCUUGGGGUGCGGGACCUCCUGGCGGCGCGGUGCAAAGCGCUGGAAGAGAAGGGCGGCGAGGCGCAGGCCACCGCCGCCAUGGAGCACCUCGCGAAGUGCACCAUGAAGCUCCUGGCAGGAUCCAGCCCGGAGACUGUGGAGGACUCCUCCCGCGAGGGCAGCGCCCCUUCGUUUGCCUUGCUGGAGCAGCUGAGUCUGGAGCGACCAGAGGCACUGCACCGCCAGCUUGGGCAGUUUCUUCCGUGGCUGGCGGCAUCUGAUGUCUCCGGCAGCCUGGAGCGGCCCAUGGCGGCCUGCGGCAUCUUGGCGCAGGUGCUGCCCUCCUGGGGGGCGGCAGCUUCCAGCUUGGCCAAGCAGAAGAUGGCGAGGGACCUGGCACGGUCCCUGGCGCGGCUUCUGGACGAGCACACCGCGCCGGCCACCGAUCUGGGGCAGCUGGCGCGGCAGGCGGUGCGGUGCCUGGCGGCGGUGGCGGAGCACCUGGGCGCUGCGGGCCCGCAAGCCCGGGAGUUGCUCAUGGGCCACUUCGGGCGCAGCAUCCGGGUGCUGGCGGAGGAUGUGGAGGACGGCCAGCGCCUGUGCCGUCACAGCUGGAUCCUGGGCUCGCUGCUCGAGUUCCUGGACCGCGGGUCCUUGGAGCAGCUCGCGCAGGCCAUGGCGCGGCUGCCGUCCAGCGGCGCCUCCCUGGCGCAGUGCGCCAGGAGCGCCUUGCUGCUGCUGAGCGAGGGCUGCCGCUCCAAGUCCGCGCGCCCGGCCAUGAUCUCGGCGCUGGGCUUCGCGCUGAAGCGCUUCCCCGAGUUGUUGGAUGCCGAGGAGGCGGGGGUCGCGUCGCCUCUGGCGCUGCUGCGCCUGGCGCUGCAGGGCCCCGCCAAAGCCCGGGCUGCGGAGGCCUUUGCGGCGCUCAGCGCGGGGUACCAGGAGGCAGCUGAGAAAGGCAGCCCUGACUGCGUGAAGCAGCCGGCGCGCAGCUCCGCCAGCGUGGCCGCCCAGAAGUUGGCCUCGCUGCAGCCGGAGCUGCUGGGGGCGCUGGACGCCGCCUGCUACGGGCCGCUGCUCGCGGGGCUGAGGAGCCUCUGUGACCUGGGGGUCCUGCACCCGGCGUCGACCCUGCCGAACAUCCUCGCAGCCACCGUGGCCGCGCCGGCCAUCGCGGCAGCGCACGCCCGGCCGCUGCUGCUGCGCUUGGUGGAGUCCUCCCCGCCGCUGCUGGCGCAGCGCCUGGGCGCCGGGCUGCAGCUGGCGGCCGAGAAGCUGGCGGCGGAGGGGUAUGUGGAGGUCUACAGCGAGUCCUGGCGCUUCCAAGCGGUCUGCGAGGCCUAUGCCGAGUUCCUCGAGGGCCGCGCGCUGCGGGACCAAUUCCUCACCUCGCUGCUGGGAGAUCUCGGCUCGGGCCUCAAGCUGCAGCUGGCCGUGGGGAUCCUCGCGCGGCUGCCGCUCUCCAAGGAGCCGGAGCUUGCGCGGGUCUUCCACUGCGCGGUGCGCUUCCUCACGUUGAAGGUGGCGCCUCUGCUGGACGAGGCGGCGGAAGACGCGCCCGGCGCGGAAGACGCGCGGCUCUGCGCGUGCGGGGCGGUGCUGCAUCGGCUCUGCGUGCAGUGGCUGGGGCUGGUGGGCGGGGAGCUGGUGCGGCAGAUGCGGGAGACCUGGGCGCAGCCCACCCUGGCGACCGACUUCGACCAGGCGCUGCCCAUGAGCUUCAAGCGACGGAGCGUGGUGGACUUGUCGGAGCUGUGGCGUUUGGAGGGGGUCGAGAGCCACGGCCUGCUGCUGCGGGAGAUGGAGAACUCGCCGCUGCUGGGCAAGGCUGUGAGGCCCGCUGCGCUCGCCGCGCCGAAGGCUGUUCCCAAGAAGCGCUCUGCCGAGGAGCCCAAGGGCCCCAAGGCAAAGGCCCGGAAGCAGGCGACAGAGGCGGCGGCAUCCGCCAAGGCGGCAGCGGUUGCCAUGUCGAAGGCGGCAGCUGGGGCAUAGUCUGCCGUCAUUGAAACUGCCGGAGGGGCCGGCGGCUUCCUGCAGAAUUCAAGGAGAAGAUUCGAUCAGCAGAGAUCUCUUGGCGACAUGCGUCGAACCCCCGAUGGGAAGCCAGUUGCUCCUUAAACCACUUGUUGGGGAGGGGG